AGCCAGUAACGACGUGGAAAUCAUCAUAGCUACAGCAAUAAGAUCUCACUCUUUCCAAAAGCUCCUCGUGACCGUACGAUUGAACUACUUUUUUUUGGUAGUAACAAAUUCCAUUCUUAUUUAGGAGGGUUUAAUAAGAUAUUCCUAAACCUCUGAAUAUCAACGAUCGCAGCACAGCUCCAAUAGCUCAAGAGCAUAACUUCUGGUCGUUCGUAAAAAUCUCUUCCAAGUUUGAAUUAAUUGUUUGAUUUGAUAGCGAAAAGGAUGUUGCCGAGAUGGAGCAAGGCUAUUUCCCAGUUUGCUAGGGUUAACUCACACAGGAACUCAGAAUUGGGAAGACAUUUGUGUUCUUUCUCCUGUCGAGAUUAUUCCAAAGUUGCGGCGGUUGCAGCUGAUCCCACUGAGAAAAUCUUCAAUGUCAAAACCGAGGUAAAAUUGAACAAGUUGUUUUGGUCUAAGCCUCAUUCACUGGCAUUAGCACCUGAUUCACCAUUAAGAGUUGAAGAUCCACAAUACGAGGGCAUCAAGCGCUUUAUACUUAAGCUGUUGCGGUUUUAUAGUAAGCAAAGCAAGUCCAUUCGAGGGGCAAAUGUUAUUUAUCGCCGUGUUAUUCACCAAGUUGAUAGACCUGCUAUUUAUGACGUAUUUAACUUGGAGAAAACAUUUAAGACCACAUUCUCGUUACUUGUUAUCCAUAUGUGGCUUUGCUUACGACGCUUGAAACAGGAGGGUAAGGAAGGUGUUGAGUUGGGGCAGUAUUUGUAUGAGAUUUAUAAUCAUGAUGUGGAGCUGAGAGUUUCUAAAGCUGGGGUUAACUUAUUGUUGACUAAAUGGAUGAAGGAUCUAGAGAAGAUAUUUUAUGGCAACAUCGUUGCCUAUGAUGCUGCUAUGCUUCCUGAAGCUAAGCAGGAUGAGUUGCAAAACGUAAUUUGGAGGAAUGUCUUCUCUGAUGAUGGUACAUCUACGCCUGAUCAUGCUGCCUUGCUUCCUCUCCAGGCAGUUGGUGGGCGAUUAAAAGAGUUGGGAAUUGCAUGUCAAAUGCUUUGUCGAGGUAUGUUCGCAGGGAAUUCAACUGUAUGUCAUUGACAGAUAAAGAAGCUAUAUUUUCGGGAAACUUCAUGUUCACCCCGUUGGGAAGCUCAAAAGCUGGUGCUGUGUAAUGCGAAGAGAGAGAGAGAGAGAUCAAAACCAAACAUGCUCAUCAACAGUGCCAAAAUUCAUGGUAGAGACCAAGCCUUCUGUCACUGAAAUCAGAAGAAGAAAUUGCCUAGUGCUUAUUAGGCAAAUAGAUGUGCAGUCCACUUUUCUCUAACUUUGUCACAUAGAAGUUGCUGGCUGUUUUUGUUCCCCAGUAUGAAUCUUGGACAAAAAUAUCCUACCUGUUGAUGCUAAUUGUUUUGACGAAAUUACAUGGGUGCUUUUGUUAAAUUACAAGUGUAAGAUUUGCGAGUUCAAGAUUUGGAUUACUGUAAAUGUCGCCAAUGUGUUUUUCAGUUUUUGUUUUGGGGGAAAUAUUGGAGGGGUGAGUGCCCACUUGCAUUGCUUUUGUAUACAACCUUGAUUGUUGAUUAGGAUUUAUGUCUACACGACUCUUUUAAGU